CGCGCCAGAAGCACAAGUAAGGUGACAAGUGACCUUCAUGUUAGCUGGAUAUCAGUAGCUCAUAAUGGCUGUCAAGUUGCAGGCUGUUAUAAGUGCAUGGAAAGCUUUUGGUUUGGUUGAAGUACAGAGGUCACUUGAUGAAAAUGCCUCUGAACUUGCUGCCCGCCAAGAUGAAUCAGAAGAAUCACGCAAAAAGUUGGUGGAAUUAUCCAGAGAAUUCAAAAAGAAUACACCAGAGGAUGUCCGAAAGCAGGUUGCACCAUUACUGAAGAGUUUUCAAACAGAAAUUGACAACUUAAACAAAAGGAGUAAAUUUGUUGAAGCUUCUUUCUUGAAUGUCUACAAGAAAGUUAUUGAUAUUACUGAUCCUCUCCCCACAUUAGAAUAUUGUGCUGGUCUAGAGAAGAAGGUUGGGCGUCUAGCAGAUAUGGAAAUAGAGAACAAGAAUCUGAAAGAAACCCUACGUGACUAUAAUGAAGAGUUUAAGGAAGUCAGGAAUCAGGAUGUAACCAUAAAGAACUUGAAAGAAAAAUUAAAGAAUUAUGAAGAUGUGAUAGAUGAAACGGUCAUGACCAAAGUCAAAGAAUAUGAGAAAGAAUUAAGCCAACAGUACACAGAGAAGGAAAGACUGCUCCAUGAUACUCAAGAGUCAGUUGUAAGGAGACUACAGGAAGCUGAAGCAAGAGUUAAAACACUGCAGUCAACCCUUGAUGUUACACAGUCAGAACUAUUUGAACUGAAAAGCAAGUCUGAUGAAUCCAUCUUUGCAAAAGCAGAAGAAACCGACAUUUUAAUGAAUGACCUGGAGCGAGCUAACCAGAAUGCUGUAAUCGCCCAGAAGGAAGUGGCUCGUCUUCAAGAACAACUGCAGGCUGUGAUGGCCUCCCAGACUUCUGAGUCAUUGAAUGUUGUUGCUUCUGCAGGGAAUACUGAACCAUCAGCAGAUUCACUUGCUAGGUCAUCUCUAGAAAUUGAGUUGGCAUCCAAAGAUAAGGAAAUAGCUCAACUGGUGGAAGACCUCAAAGAAGUCCAGCAAUGUUUAAGUGAUUUAACCUACAAAUCUUCUCAAGAGGUUGCAGAACUUCAAAGAAAGAGAGAUGAAGAUAUGCAAAAAAUUGAAAGGCUUGAAGCAACAAUUUUAAAGCAGAAGGAUUAUGAAGACAUAAAGAGAGAACUUCACAUUAUGAAAUCUGUAGAGUUUGGUGGAUCCUCCACCAAUACAAAUGAAAAUAAUCAAGGUGUGUCACCUCCUAAAUCUCUUGAAGUUCUUCUUUUAGAGAAGACCAAAGCUCUGCAGAAUGAAAACAUGGCUUUGAGGCAAUCCAAUGCAACUAUGACAAAGAGAGUGACAGAAACUGAACAGGAGUUGACAGAUCUUCGGUCCCUUGUAACAGAACAGAAAGGUUUGAUUGUCAAUUUGGAAUCAGACUUGUCAUCUGUUCAGUCUCUUUCUACUGUGUAUCGUGGAGAAGGAGAAGGUUCAUCAAUGCCAGAGAUUGUUGCUGAGGCUGUCAGAGCUUCCAGUAGCUGCACACCUCCACUUGUAUCCACAUCCUCAUCCAACACUCAGCCUCCCACUCCUACACCAGGAGGGUCAUCUCCUGAUUUCCCUUCAGCAGCUGAGUCUCUCCUACCAAUUGUUUCUGCUCAGCGAGAACGUUUUCGGCAGCGUAAUGAGGAGUUGGAAGGAGAACUUACUGGGAAAAGCCAGCAAGUGAUUUUAUUACAGAACGAAUUGGAUUCUCUCAGAGCUGAUAAUUUGAAACUAUAUGAGAAGAUCAAAUUCCUACAAUCUUAUCAAGGAAGACAGAGCAAGGAGGACACUUUAGCAGAAUCUCGUUACAGUAGCCAGUAUGAAGAAGCUCUAGAUCCUUUCUCAUCUUUUUCAAGGAAAGAAAAAUUGCGACGUUAUGCUGCUCUCAGUCCCUUUGAGAAGGUCACUUUGUCAAUGGGACGAUUUAUUCUAGGAAACAAAACAGCACGAACAGUUGCUUUUCUGUACACAACCCUUGUACACAGUCUUGUAUUCUUGGUUUUGUACAAAAUAGCACACAUUGAGUCAUGCAAAAGGGAUUUUGCAUCAGACUGUGCUGAGAAAUUUGCUGAACAUAUGCACCAGGUUCACGGGGAAAAUGAAGUUAGUAAUUUCUAGCUAUAUGAAAUACUAUGAUAAGUAGCAAUGCCUAAGAUGGCUGGGCCAUACAGAGGAAGUGAGUAAUAAAAGAUUGACAGAGUAUAUAAAUGUAAAGUGAUUGGGUAAAAGAGGAUAGAUAAGUGGAAGGUUGAUGAAUGGAUUUAAGUACAGUAAACCCCGAAUAAGUUGGACCAAUAGGAGAGGAUCCAAACUCCAGUUGCACUUGCCAGAUUCACCAUAUAUAAUAUUUCACAAAGUGGGUCUACUGCAUAUUAUAUAUUUUUUUUAGUAUUCUACUGUCACUUACUGAGAUAUCAAAGUAGCUAAAGUAUUUUAAACAUCUACAGCAUAAAUUCUUUGAUAGUAGAAUUGAGAUUAUAUAGAUGCAUUGUGGUUUUUUUUAUACUAUCUUCAUUCUUGUGACAAAAAUUACUUUGUUAUUCGAUAGAUAACUCAGUUAGUGUGAUAUUUUUUUCUUGUAGGCUAUGAAGUAGACUACAAGAAACCAUGAACUUGUGAAGCCUUGUAAACAAGUUUAUUUACUUUGCUUAGAAAUCAAAGUCUGAUAGUGAGAUUGUCUGUUGCCAACCUGUCCUUUCUCCAUAGAUGUUUUCAGCAUCGCAGUGACCUAAUAAUGUUAGCUAAUGAACAGUGGCCAACUUGACUUUUUUUUAGACAUGCCAUGUUCAGGCUAUGGCAAGACACAGUGACAAAGGCACUGCAGCAUCCUCGGGCUACUUUAGUUUUGGCCGCAAAUAUUCUUUUUCCUCAUAAAGAAAAACCAAACAAAUAUUGGUGUACACUUUCAUUGUGAAACAUUAACCUUUACAGGGGCCAUGUGAAAUGUGUGUUAAAGUUUUGUGCUGUAUUGAAGUCUAAAAAUGAAAGGGCUUGAUACACCAGGUGACUAUGUUUUGCUCUAUAUAAUGAUGUUAGUUGUUUAAACUCAAGUAACUAUAAAGAGAUAUCAUAGUCAAAUAGCAAUAGGAAAUACUGGAAGGAGUAAAAGUAUGGUAAAUCUGUAGAUACAUCGUAAUGUAGUGUUUUUAGAUGACUACUCUGUACUGCGAAACGAUGUUGAAAACUUGACAGUGUGGUUCUCUUUCUAAUGGGGAAAGGCCAAUCUGAGUUAUUUGAAAAUCUGAGUUACCUGAGGCUUGCACAUCUCUCAUGGUCCUUGAUAACAUCUUCAGCUUCUCAACUGACAUGGAAGACACAGCCUUACCCUUAAAAUCUAUGGUAGGAUUAUAAAGACAGUAAUAAAGGCUACAGAGCUAAGGGAGACACUACCACAUCCUUGCUAAGUCAGCUGUGUAAACACUGAUCUUGGCACCAGCAGUGCCACAGCACAUGUGCCCAUUUCAUGUCUCAAAUGGUUUGGACUACUCAAAUGAUUCAGAUGAUACAAGAGCUACCAGAUGUAUUUUAGUGAGUGUAUAAGCCAAGUGGCUUAAAAUUGCGGCAUCCCCUGCUGAAGCGAGGUAAGCAAUAUAUGUCGGAAUUGAGUAUCACAUACUUAGGUGCCUCACGAUAACAGACACUUCAGAGGUAGGGGGUUGUCCAUUAGUGUGAAUUAUCCAUUACUGAGAGCAGUUUGUAUGUAAGACCCUUAAACAUCCCCUUUCCCCUUUUUAAUAAUGCAAACAAUUAUUUUGAUCAUUUAAUCCCCUAUUCUACACUCAACAAUGAAAUAAAAGAGUUCAUUAUUGUUUGAGAAAUGUACAGUAAUAAAAAUUUAUGGUAUCAAGAAUAGAUGAAUUAAAGAUAGCGUUUCCUGUUUGGUGUAAUGGCUGAUUCCCAUGUGGUACAAUGCCAUCCUUAACAAGCAUUUAAAGACUGCCUGAAGGACAUUGCUGAGGUGACAAAGGAGGGGGAGGAAGACAAGGGAUCAUCAAAGUCAGAGUAGACCACCUCCACACUAUUGCCACCUCCCCAUAAAUCACUUGUCUUACCUUCUUUCUCUAACGCCAGUCCACUUCCUUACCCUCAAUCUCUGUCUUUCUUCCUCUCCCUCUAUUUUCUAUAUAAAUUGGUGUAUUUCUGAAAGUACUUCUUAAAUCCUUCUAACUUUUGUUCCACAUUACUAUUGAGGUGUGUUCUCUAUAGAAAAGUGUUCCCCCUUCCUAAACGUGGCAUCUUAGCAGAGAAGUGAGACACUGCUAAGUGCCCAAUACCUUGCAGGCUCACACCUUAUGCAGUGUUGCUAUAGAGUAUUGCCCUGUGGCAAACUCGCCAUAUGGCCACCCUCACAACCAAUCUAAGACAGUAAUCUGCAAUGUGAACAAGGGGUUCUUGGAGAGAGAAAGAGAGAAUCAGGCACCAGAAAGCUGUGUGUAUUUAUUAUAUCACUUUCACCACUCCACUAAUACACAGUUUACUCAUUAUACCAUUUGGAGAAAGAGGAAAACCUAGCCCACUUCAUACUAAACUAUCCUCUGUCAAAAGAAGAGAGAAAUGAAAUUGUAGACCUUCAAAGACCAAUAAAGUACUUCUUGGAGAGAGAAAGAGAGAGAGAUCAAGCGCCAGGUAACUAUCGUUUAUAAUGCUUUUGCUACUGGGCUGAUACACAUUUUGCUCUAUGUCAUGUAGAAGAAAAUCUAGCCCUCUUCAUACUAAAUUAUCCUUAGUGAAAAGAAGAAAGAAAUUAAGUUGUAGACCUCCAAAGACUGGUAAAUGAAGACAAAAAUCAAGUGAUUAGAGGUUUUGUUUGUAUACAUAUGUCAUCUGCAUUUUUGUCAGCCAUGCCUCUCUCUCUCUCUCUCUCUCUCUCUCUCUCUCUCUCUCUCUCUCUCUCUCUCUCUCUCUCUCUCUCUCUCUCU